AUGCAUGCUGCUUGUUCAUUAGAUGGCCAUCUGAUGAACGUUUUGGAGCGUCCACAAGCGUGUGGAUGUACUACGAGUGAGUGCGAUGGCCUCACUUGUGGUACGGUCGUUACUACGACUGCAAAAAACCUUAGUGUACCAAACGGUUACACUUCGGAGCAAAGUUCCGGCGGCUGUGAGGAAACACAGGCUGCGCCGAAGGUCCACCACUCGAAUAAGUCGAGUGGACCGGGACAAAGAUGUAUCCCUAGCGCGGAACAUCUAGAAAAGAAACAAUCGAUCGCUCAGGUUAAGCGGAACGAUAAGUCUAGAUCGACUGGAGAGUCUUUCGUAGAGGAUCUCGCUGUGGUUGCGCAACCCCAGCUAGAGGAAGUUAAGGGAAUAAGUCCCGAUAUUACAAAUACGGCGGAAAUAAGUUCCCCGAAACCCGAGGGAGUAAGUCCCCGGGAAGCCGAAGGAAUAAGUCCAGUGAAGCCUGAGGGAAUAAGUCCCCAGGAAAUGACAGAGACAUUGAAUGUCCUAGUCAAUAACGGAUCAAGCGUAGGCGCUUAUACACUUGAUCUGAUUGCGCCUCCGAAGUUGACUUCGGAGAUCACUCAGUUGCCAGGCUCGAACAUAAAAGGCUCUUGUGUAAUCUGCGUAGUGGCAAAGUCAAGCAAAUCUGCGUACUCGUCGCUGACGACGAGUUUGUAG